AUGGCCCCUGCAAACAUGCCCUUUUCGUCCAUCAACAUCGAAGCCGCGGUCAUCGACGACGGCGCCGAAGGCUACGCCGACGACAAGCUGCCUGCAGCUGGGGAAGCGGACGGCGUAGUAGAUGGGAGCGAUGGGGAGGAGGAGAGCUGCGGAGUAGAGGUGAGCGAUGGGGAGGGGGAGAGCGAGCCGCGCGACUAUGGUGCCCUCCUGCUCGCUCGCGAAGCUGAAGAGGAGGGGAAUAGGACACGGCUUGCUCUGGAAGAGCAGACUAGCCUCAUCGACCUCUUCACUCGCUACGCAGAGCUCCUCGGCACUCAAGACGCUCCAGACCGUGACGCUAUGUCCAAGCUGUACAGACUUGCUCAGCCGCUGAGGACGCAGUUGGAACUGAUGGAAAAGGCUGUCGUCGACGAGCACGAGGGGAGGUCGAUUGCACAGAGGGUGCUGAGAAAGAUGGCGAAGGUGAAGGGGUUUAACGCGCUGGCAGCGUUGACCAAGGGGUAUGGGGAGAAGUGGCUGGGGUUGAAGUGA